UGUGACAUUUUUUGUCUUCUUGCAGUAGAAUUCUCCAGCAUGUGCGAUCUCCAGGCCUUUCCGCCCCUCCAAAGCGCCUGGGAGAGGCAGCGUGGGAGGUCGGAGAAGGCGUCGACGUCGACGCCGUUCCCAUACCGCGGCAUGGCCGGAAUCAGUCCUGCGAGUUGGAGGCAGGCAGAAGAUAAGGCAGAGGAGAUUAUAAGGUGCAUUCAGCCGACCGAGGAAGCCGAAAUGAAAAGGUGGUCUGUGAUAGAACAUAUCAAGAAGCUGAUAAAAACUAAAACUGAUAGCGAGGUAUUUCCAUUUGGAUCAGUUCCAUUAAAGACAUACCUUCCUGAUGGGGAUAUUGAUCUGACGUUAUUUGAUGGUCCAAAUUCUAAUGGGAAUUUAGUCCGUGAUGUUUUGUCUAUCAUACAAGCUCAAGAAAAUAGUGAGGAUGCCGAGUUUGAAAUAAAGGAUGUGCUGUACAUCAAUGCUGAGGUCCAACUUGUUAAGUGCCUCAUUCAGAAUAUUGUAGUAGAUAUCUCAUUUAAUCAGAUUGGCGGACAGUGUACACUCUGCUUCCUGGAGCUGAUGGACAGGAAGCUUGGGAAGGACCAUCUCUUUAAAAAGAGUGUGAUUUUGAUUAAAGCUUGGUGUUAUUAUGAAAGCCACAUCCUUGGUGCUCCUUAUGCCCUAAUAUCUACAUAUGCAUUGGAAACGCUGGUCCUCUAUAUACUCCAUCUCUUCCAUGAAACUCUUGGGGGCCCUUUAUCGGUUCUGUACAGGUUUUUGGACUAUUUUAGCAAAUUUGAUUGGGACAAUUAUCGCAUCGAUUUAUACGCUGUGGCAUCAGAAACAGAUGGUGAUUUAUUGUUUACCAAGGAGUUCCUUGAAAACUGCAUGGACUUGUUUUCUGUAAGCCCAAGGGAUCGUAAAAGCAGCUCUUCGUACUUCCCUACCAGGUGUCUAAAUGUAGUAGAUCCGCUGAAAGAAAACAAUAAUCUGGGAAGAAGCGUAAGCACAGGAAAUUUUAAACGCAUUCGCCUUGCAUUUUCAUAUGGGUCUCAAAAACUUAGGGAGAUACUGUUGUUACCUGAUCAUCUUAUUGCUGAGGAACUUACUACAUUUUUCAAAAACACAUUGCGGAGACAUGAAAGGGGAGAGAGGCCCCAUCUGCAUAAUGCCCUUCCCAUUGGUUCAGAUGCCUCCGGACACUUAGAGUCUGAAAACUGCCUGCCCAACUUUAUUAGAGUGGAAGCGGAUGCUUCCUUAGAACAGAAUAUUUCCGGCAAUAAAACUGCAGUCUCCAGAACCAUGAGAGAAAACCUCAAGGCUUCAACAUCAAGCAGUGCAACAGAUUGCUCAUCGGUGACUAGAAUGGCAAGUUGGCAUGCAAAAACGAGGCUGGCUGAUCUUGCUGGGGAUAUCGACCUGCAUUUGAGAAAUCUUCAUCAAGCUCAGUACCAUCUGGUGUUCAAUUUUACAGGGUCCGAACUUCCGAUCCAUAUUCGCCGGAGAAUGUUUAUUCAUAGGCACUCAAAUGUACAGGUCUCCUGGCAGCCAGCUACUUUCACCCCUGGCGGCCAGCAAACAAGCAAAGAAUAUAUGCCGAGGCAGCGUGGAACAGGAACCUACAUCCCAGAAACGACCUACCGUACCUACAGGCAGCGGCUUGCACUGGGGAAGUCGAAGGUGCCGCCGAGAGCCCGUAAAAACGAUCAAGAGGUAACAACAUCCAGUGGCACAAAAUUGCUGGAAAGAGGGAGUCAUGAGGCAUCUCCAUUGAUACAAGUUCCUGAGUCUGGUGGUCAAGGACAAUGGAGACCAGUUCAGGUGGAUCUUCCCCAGUCUUCACACCCCUCAGAGAGGGGUUGUUGCCAAGCCAAUGGCCUCAUUUUACAAGAGGAACGGAGGCCUGAGGGUGGUUCCUUGGCGCCUGUUCCAUUACUAGAAUUUUUGCCUGAGGUUUGGAAGAGGUUCAGCAUCGACAGACCCCAAGGUCAGGGUUCUGUGACAAGUUCGACGAGUUCUGAAAUGACUCCAAUGACGGCAGAGAGGCCUACACCAACCUUUCAACUCCAAGAUGAGUGUGACUUCCCCCCUCUGUCUUGUUAAGGCUUUUGUUUUUUUAAGGGGAAUUUCACUUAUACAGAGACAUAACAAAACAUAGCGGCAACAAAAUUCUAACUGGUGGGAGCAUAAUUUGCUCGUGGUGGUGUAACGAUCGGCGUUCUCUGAUGGCUGUGGUGCAUCAACUUCCUCUGCUUACAUUCUCAUAAUUCUCGUUUCAUAUCCUUCCAUUCUUCCCACCCAUUAGGUGGGUACAAACAAGCCUCUUUGUUUGAAUGGUGAGGUUGGAUUUCCAUGUAUGUUGAUGGAAAACUGGUUGGAAAGUAGGUUUGAUAUCUUCCUGUUAUAUUUUUACAUAAUAUAGACCAAAUGAUCCUUUCCAAAAUUGGCCCAGUGAAUAAUCAAUCUUUUUUUUUUGUUGUUUAUAACUCACUAAUCAUUGGAGAUGAGAUGAUAUGUCAAUUUUCUCUUCUCAUUCUAGUUGUCUUCACCCAUCAAAGCUUUAUGCAGGUACUUGUUCCCUUGGUUCUCAAGAACAAACAAAUACAUGCAGAACCAAACGACUUUGAGUACAUUAACAUGGAGCCAUUUGGCCUGCGUUUAUGAUGUUGAUCUUCCAUCUCCAUUUUGGCCUGUGAGAACUAUCUUGGAGGAACCAAGACAAUCUGUGCAUAAAUAGAUGAAGGCUUUAGGACUUUAACCUUAUCUCAUCUACAGGAUAAAUCAAUAGAAGGUUUGUACUUCUGUUUCCCAAGGCAAGAAGUAGCAGUCAUCUUCUGGCUGGUUUGUGUCCGCUGGUUGCAACCAAACUCAAACAAACCAAGGCACGUUCAAAUUGAAAAACUAUGUACGAUCCCUGAUCUACUGGAAACCGUAGAUUGGCUCGAGUGCACGGCCAGUCCAUGUACCAGUUCCAGUGUGCACU